UCGCGCUUCCAUUUGGUGGCGGUGGGUCACAAACCUGCUUUUGCUGCCUUUCAUCUGCAUGCAACAUCAUCAUCCCCUCCACCCCCCACCACGCUGCUGUGUCUGUGUCGUGUCGUGUCAUGUCAAGUCUUGUCGCAGCUGCCGCAGCUCCCCUCCCUCCUUCCCCUCCCUCCCUCCCAUUCCUUCUUCUGUCGCUCAUCUUCCAGUCUCCCCACUCAACCUACAAAGUGCUUGCCUCCGCACGUCUGCAUUGCACUCUCCCUUUGUUGUGUCCUCGCCUUGUCACCCAUUCCACUCUUUCGAUCAGUCCCACUUCUCAAUAUUCUUUUCCUGUCCCUGAGCAGUGGUGCUGUUAGGUUGGUGUUCAUACGUGUGGUUACUGAGGUGUUUAGAUCCACCACAGUUGCCGGCGCUGAAGCUUAGCUAAUCAUUCUUAAUCUGUGGAGGCAUGGAACUGCUGGGUCCAGUGCAACUGGUUCCGUCCUCAAGGGUCAACGUCAUGUUUUUGGUGAUCGUAUCAGUGCUGUUAUUGAGCUUGGUGCGGGACACCCGCGGAUUCGACUACAGUGACGCCCUCGAAAGGUCACUUGUAUUCUACGAAGGCCAACGCUCUGGAAUGAUUCCUCAUGAUCAGCGAAUGUAUUGGCGAGGCAAUUCCGCUCUUACAGACGGCAAUGUAUCAAAUGUGAAUCUGACUGGUGGCUACUACGAUGCGGGAGACAAUGUGAAGUAUCAAUUCCCCAUGGCGUUUACAAUCACUCUCCUCUCCUGGAGUGUGAUCGAGUACAGGACUGAAAUCCAGAACGCCGAUCAGCUUCAAUAUGCGCUUCGUAAUAUCAUGUGGGGUACCGAUUAUUUUCUCAAAGCGAUCACUGGUCCAGACCAGAUAUAUGUUCAGGUAGGGGACCCCCAAAGUGACCACCAGUGUUGGGAGCGCCCAGAGGAUAUGGACACCCAGCGUGUGACGUUGCAAAUCAACUCCUCAUCGCCGGGAACUGAAGUGGCGGCAGAGACAGCUGCAGCGCUUGCAGCAGCCUCCAUUGCGAUCCGAGAUUCUAACUUGCGUUAUUCUGAGAGCCUCUUGGAGACAGCCUUCAGUGUAUUUGAAUUUGCGAAUACGUACCGUGGAACAUUUACCGGAGCCUGCCCUUUUUAUUGCUCAGCUUCUGGCUACAAUGAUGAGCUGCUGUGGGCUGCUGCGUGGUUGUACAAAGCUUCUAGUAACCCUCUAUACCUGCGUUUUCUGGUUGAAAAUGCUGGCACUUGCGGCGAAAUGAAUGAGUUCAGUUGGGACAACAAAAACGCCGGAGUUCAGAUUCUCCUCUCCAAGCUCUAUUUUGAAGGCGAAACUUCUCUUAGGCUCUAUGCAAAACUUGCAUCCAACUAUGUAUGCCACAUUCUUCCAAGGAAUUCCAUGACAUCAGUUUCAUUUACUCCAGGAGGACUUUUAUAUGUCAGGGAAGGGGCCAAUAUGCAAUAUGUAACUAGUGCAGCAUUACUUAUUUCAAUUUUUGCCGACUAUCUUAACAACAAUAACCAAACAUUGGCAUGUGGCAACACUAUCUUUAGUCCAAAUGAUCUAAUGAAUUUUACCAAAAGUCAGGUUGAUUAUAUACUAGGACAAAAUCCUCAAGGCAUCUCAUACAUGGUGGGUUUUGGAUCAAGAUAUCCAACACAAGUUCAUCAUAGAGGAGCUUCUAUAAUUUCUGUGCAUGAAAAUGCUGCACACAUUGGUUGCGGAGAGGGAUUUGUCAAUUAUUUUGAUCGAAAUAGUGCCAACCCUAAUGUAUUGACUGGUGCAAUUGUGGGCGGCCCUAAUAUCAACGAUGAGUUUCAUGAUUCUAGGAGAGAAUCCAGUUAUACGGAGCCAACAACAUAUGUUAAUUCAGGACUUGUUGGUGUUCUUGCUCGCUUGCUCAGAUGAUCAAUUAUCAACCUUGUAAAUUCAAAUGCUAAAAGUAAAAUUUGAUACAAAAUACCUAUUUAGAAUAAAUGAAAUCUAUUUAUAAUUUUAAUGUUUA